AUGUUCUUCACGAAGCUAGGCCAACGAAGAAUUUCUGGUACUGUCCUUGGGGACACGAGUCAUGUCUUGACUACGGUCUUGACAAGGCGAGAAGCCUUUAUCCGUCCUUCAAUUCUGCCUGAGUCAUGGAGCGAAAAUCGGAAUCUACUAGAGACAGUGUACGGUAUUGUGGAAUACACUGUGGAAUCCAAGAUACUCGGUAACGCACUCACUCGUCGAAUUGGUGCGCUGACGUACGAGCCCUGGUCUUCACAUCUUGAAUUCUCCCCAGACUCCCGCUUCUUCCGAAUUAUGAAUGCUGAGUACGAGUCUGACUCAAGAACGUUGAUCUCAAGGCAAUCAUAUGCGGAGCAGAGGUGGAGUAUGGAGAUUGUCAAACAGUAUCGGUCAUAG